CCGCUGCGCUCCGCUUUCCCCUCCCUCUCCUGCCCUCCCCUUUUUUCGUGCCUCGAGGUUGCGGGUCAGCGCGAGCCACUGCAGUGAGUCCGUCACGGCUCCGGCGCGAGCGCGAGGCUGCAGCCCCGGAGCCGCCUGGCCCUCUCGGCCCCCGCUCCCCUCCUCUUCCUGUCCUCCCUCCUGCCGUCUCUCCUCCCGCGCUCUCGGUUUCUGAAUCUCGACCUUAAUUUCGCUCUCUCGCGUGCCCAGUCACCCGGCCGGCGCGGGCCCCGCGGCGCCGCUUCCCCUCCCCCAGCCCGCACCCCCUCCCCGGGCGUCCCGAGGGCCGCCACUGGGCUGCCGUCGCUGUCGCUUCCUGCGGAGCCCGUCCGCGCCGACAGUCUACACCUCGCCCGCGAGCCGCCGACCCGCUGAGCAAAAUGGGAAAUGAGGCAAGUUACCCUUUGGAAAUGUGCUCACACUUUGAUGCUGAUGAAAUUAAAAGGCUAGGAAAGAGAUUUAAGAAGCUCGAUUUGGACAAUUCUGGUUCUUUGAGCGUGGAAGAGUUCAUGUCUUUGCCUGAAUUACAACAGAAUCCUUUAGUACAGCGAGUAAUAGAUAUAUUUGACACAGAUGGGAAUGGAGAAGUAGACUUCAAAGAAUUCAUUGAGGGAGUCUCUCAGUUCAGUGUCAAAGGAGAUAAGGAGCAGAAGUUGAGGUUUGCCUUUCGUAUCUACGACAUGGAUAAAGAUGGCUAUAUUUCCAAUGGGGAGCUCUUCCAGGUGUUGAAGAUGAUGGUGGGGAACAACCUGAAAGACACACAGUUACAGCAAAUUGUAGACAAAACUAUAAUAAAUGCAGAUAAGGAUGGAGAUGGAAGAAUAUCCUUUGAAGAAUUCUGUGCUCAUUACCAAAGAUCCUGGAAGGUCUACCAUGGACUGACAUGUGACAUAUGGUUGGGUGUGACGUGUGACCGAGCAGGUUGUAGGUGGCCUAGAUAUCCACAAAAAGAUGGUGGUAGAUGUGUGACUCUUUGAAGAGUACCAUCCAACACUUUUGCUUUCUUCUCCAUCUCUGAAGAUCUGCUCAAGACGUCCAGCAAUGCUCUCUGUGUAUUUAAAUGGAAGUAUUUUUCUCUGUGAAGCCACAUUUUCCAACAUGAGCCUCAUGAAGCCAACUAAGUGUUAUUGAACUCUUCUUCUCUCAAUAACUCAGUGUAGCACUUUAAAGUCUGAAGGACAGCAACAUGAAAAGAGCAUAUCAAUGUGGUGGAGAAAGGGAAGGGGUUGGCUUUUUAAUUUAUUUUUCUUCAUCUUUUAUAACGAAAGUAUCUAUAUAUACAUAUGUAAAUAUUUAUAUAUAGAUAUAUGUAGCUUUCUAUAUAUAUGUAGUAAGUUGGCUUUAAUUUAAUAUACUUGAUUCAGAAACAAAACGAUAGAGUACAAAAGUGCCAAGCAGAACAUAAAACAUCCUUACUUUUAUUUCACACAGUUUUAUAUGUAGAUAGAAGAUUGUACAAUUUGAGCCGGGUGUUAGGCCAGCUAUUUUCCUUUACCUGUGCUUUCUCCUUUGAGAGAUUGACAAAGCAUUUGUUAAUGUCCUAUUACCUUAAUUGCAUUUUUGUAACAAAUGAGUCUGUAACUUUAUACCUAUGAAUAUAUUUCCUGGGACUGUGUCUCAUUGCUGAGCAGCUUUUAAUCCAUCUCUGGCUGAGGAGAAAGUAUAGUUAGUGCUGCUGCCAAGAGCUAGUUCUUGUAUUCAUAUGUAACUGCACAAUGCUAUGGCAGCUUCUUUCUGUUACUUUGUAACUAGGAGGCAUUACAUUUAUUAAAUGUCCCUGAGUAAUUGUAAUUUACCAGUUGUGAUUUUAUACAAAAAGACCAGAGCUGUCUGGGGUAAUCAUGAUUUCUCUUACACAUUACUUAAUGAAGAAAACCUGAAGUAAUCAUGUGACUGCUUAGGAUAUCAAUUUGUUUCAUUAUACAUGGGUAAAUAAUUUGUCAUUAAACUAGUAUUUGACCUGUAAGUUUUUCUUACGUGUUUCAAAAGAUUUGCAGCUAAUCUGAAAAGACUGGUGAUAUUUAAUGUGCAUGUAUAUAUCCAAAUACCCUCCUGUAUUUGUGAUUAAAUGGGAGAAAUCUUGCUAAUCUAUAUGCCACAGAAGAGCAAAAUUUUAUCCAAAUUUAUACUUCCUAUAUUUCUUUAUCACAAGGCAUAGAGGGUGCAUGAUUUUUUUUGUUUGCCCAUACAAUUGGUAACAAGUGAUAACAAUAAAUUUGUGUGAUAUAAAAGUAGUGUAUCAUGUUCCACCACUUGAUGUUAUCCCUUCCCUUUUCUGCAAAGGUACUAUUGGCUGGAAGAAAAACAUUUUGGUUAGCUUCAUAUGACAGUCUUUCCCUGUACAAUUUUUCUAUAAAAACUGGUUUUGUAGUCAUGAAUGGUUAAAGGGCAGGUUGAAUCAAGGUGAAUAUUGAGCACACCUGCCUGCCAUCGCUGUUCCUUCAACUGAGUGCUGCACAUCAUGGGCUCUGUCUGUGAGAGAAAAAUCCCGGUGCUUGGUGUCCUUGCAUGACAUGGAGUUUUGCAUGUAGAUCGAUUUAAAAUGUACCUCUUGUUUACAUAAUUUGCAUAAUUUUAAAAGAUAAUGUUGCCAAACUUUGGAAAUGUUAAUGUUCAAACUGAAAAUCUCCACUACAUGUAACUUUCUUCCUCUGGAUCAGUACAUGGCUUACAAUCCCAGCCAGUGGUUUGAUCUGUUCCAGUGUCAACUGCCAUGUGCUCUGCUUCAAGGGGGAACUAGUCUUUUGUGAAUUUUUUGUACAUAAUUAUUUGUUACAAAUAUUUUAGCAAAUGCUUUCUAUUUCUCUUGCUUGUGCAUAUCUUGGCUGGCGUUACAGAAAAAUAAUUCAAACAUUAUUUCCUUACUGGGGAAUGAGGGUUCUUUUUUCUUUUUUCCUCCUUUUUUAGUUGGUGUGUAGGGGUGGGUAGGGAGGGAUGGUUUAUGUUGAAUGUUUAGUUUUUCUUCUGCAUGAUAUGUCAUGUUGUGGGAUCUUUAGAAAACUUCAUACUGUAUGAAUAAAAAUAAAAUAUUUGAAACUUG